CCGCGUGCCCAAGCAUUUCUUUGCUAUUUUUAAUGGCAGCCACGAUUUUCAUAGAGUGCAUCACUUACAUACAUGCUCUUCCCUUUUUAUUCUCUUUUUAACUUUUCUUAUUUGUUUGAACCGUCUAUUCAUUUUUAUUUAUUAAUUUAACUCGCUGCCUUUGUCCAUUUAUAUAGAAUUCACUAUUGACGAUAGCUGAAUCUCAAAGCGACGUCUAACGGAUUCGCCUCUUCUUUUGCAAUACUCACACACCAGACUCAGGAAAAAAUAACAAGUCACUUUCUGUUACCUUCUUCUCGCGGCCGAAAACAGCAUAAUACAACACAAAAUGGAGCAGCACGACAAAUACAACGGCAUGAUGGCCGAUGACUUUCUCAGCGAAGCAGACAUAUUCCAGUCGGCCGAGCUGACAGACGACGAAAAGCGGGAGCUGCUUUCCCAGCGUUUUGCUCGCACCGCCAGCAAUGGCGAUGUGAAUGCAUUGGAGCGCAUGUGGGAGACAUGCCACGGCGACAAGUGGGUGGACAUUGACUAUCGUGAUGACCAGGGGAGCACCCCACUUAUUUGCGCCUCUUGCUUCGGACACACACACAUUGCAGAGCUGUUGCUUAACAACGGCGCCAACGUCAAUUCUCAGGACAUAUCCGGCUGGACUGCACUGAUGUGGGCGACAACAAAUCACAACGAGGAGCUGGUGCGCGUGCUGCUGGGGCACGGUGCGUCGUCCUCGGCAAAGACAGCCAGAGGACACACAGCGAUCAACAUUGCAUCGUCCAACUUGUCAGCAGGAUCGGGAUCGGACACGGACAGCUUUAUGCGCGCCUCGGAUUCGCCGUCGAACAGGGAGGCAAUGCUUGGCGACAGCCCGCCUUCCCGGUUUGAGGACCAAGCCGCUGGCGGUAGUGAGUCGGGCUCGCUGAAGGCGACAGCAGGUGUUGGCGACGGAUUUUGUGUUGGCAGUCCACAUUCAACCGACCACAGCGCAAUUGGGAUUUCCAGCAGGCGCAUCAGCGUUCGGGACUCAAGCGUUUUGAGCAUGCUGCAGGCCAGCAGCGCAAUGUCGAGUAGAAACAUUUUGGCCGACGCCUUGAAUCCAAUGACAGCGAUGGGAUCUGGGUUGAUUGGCGCAGGCUCACAGUUGCGCCGCGCCAGCGCAAUCUCAGCUGCCGAUAUGUCUGCGGCUGACGGCUCGCAGCUGGAUCUUGGAGACGACACGCUGCCCAACAGCAAGCACCAGUCGUUCAAUGGCGCGGACGAUUCCGGGAGCGUGCUUGCUGGGCACUUGCGCGCGCUGACAAUGGACCACAAUGAGCAAUCAGACAAGUUUGCUAGUGGCGACACGGCAAGCGAAAAUGGGGACAAUGACAAGGACGAGCCACAGCCGUUUGACUGGGACACGCUGCAGCUAGACCAGAUGUACUUCCUGCAUGCAGUCGUCAAGGAUAUCCAGCCCGAGCGCUGGAUCCGGAGCAGCGUGCUUCCAGAGCACAAGUUUGUCCCCGCUAGCAUGAUAUUCUUGGCCGCCCGCUUUGCGCACCAUCUGGGCACGCCCGACUUCCUCGACUCGUUCCUUGCCGACACCAUCGCGUCGAUCAUCCACGAGGUCCAGACGCACAAGCUCGACCCUGUCAGGCUGGUGUUUUGGAUGUCGAACAUCCAGACGCUCAUUUACUUUUUGAAGCGCGACACAACCCUGGUCCAGAUCACCAGCGAGGCGCAGGGUAGGAUGUCCGAGUGCAUGCAUGACGCGUACGCACUGCUGAUCAAGGCCGUCGAGUCGAUGCCCGAGCUGUUUGCUGAUGUCAAGAUGGAGGCCGAAAAGUCGCAGCGGCUGAGCAUCGCGUCCGCGCAGGGGCAGCAUUCUGUCGCCCACCAAGACGCCACCACCGUCGUGGGUGGGCCCGCCACCGCGUCGGGCGGCGUGCCCGCGUGGGUCGUCAGCGUUGAGCGGCUCAAGGGAUCUGCAGCUUUUGACCACGGCGCUAUGCACUCGUCUAAGCGGCAGUCUUCAGGAGAUACUUUUGUCUCGGGCAGAUCCAGCCACGAUAGCUCGAGGACGUCUCUGAGCAAGAUCAGCCUGUUUGGCACGUUAUCGCCGCGCACUAUCCCGUACAUGUUUGAGUGUCUCUUGGACCUGCUGGAUAUGUGCGAGAUCCACCCAUGCAUCACCUGGGGAGUGAUGCGGCAGAUGUUCUGCUACCUGGGCGGUGAGAUGUUCAACCGCGUGCUCACGACGCGCGACUUUUGCUCGCGUUCACAGGCCAUGCAAGUGCGCAUGAACCUGACGCAGAUAAAUGACUGGGUGCGCACGCACAGCAAGCGGCUGGUGAUUCCGCACACGAAAAGCAGCAAGGGUGUGUCCGAGGGCAGCGCAGUUCCGGUGCCCGUAGACUCAUCGGUAAGCGGGCCACCGCUGCCCACAGCUGAGUCACUGCUGUAUAAGGCGUUUUUUGAUCCGCUUGUCGAGCUCCUCGAGUUGCUGCAAUGCUUGACGCAUCUUCCAGAUCUUGGCGAGUACUUUGAGACGAUUGCAAAGAUGCAGAACCUCAACAUUCUGCAGCAAGAGACGGCCGUUGCCAACUACCGCUACGAGGUGCAGGAGCGCAGGAUCAACAGUGAGAUUGUUGCGUAUCUCGAGUCGGUAGCCAAAGAGAUCCGCGACGGGCAGCGCGCCGACCGCGAGAAGCAGAGCUUGGACCGGGCGUCGCGGCGCAGUUCGGCGUCAGUAUUCAGUGAGCGGCGGACCAUGGACGGGCGGCCGAGCUUGCUAUCAUUGGAUUUGACCACUGGCGGACAGCGCGGUGUCGGCGGCUUGGUGCGAUUCAGUGCAGAGCCCACGGUGAACGCCGGCUUAGCCUCCGACGUCAGCGGCUAUGCCGAGCGCGCGUCUGGCAGUCACUCGCGUGACACCAGCCUGAACAUCCCAAUGUCUCGGCUGUCGUCGGAGAGCAUGGCGCGCAGCCCCACUUCGAGCUCGGGGAUGGUCUCCAUGAUGCCGCCACUGGCGUCUUCCUCGGCUGCCGGUCCUGGUGCUGGGGCUGGGCCGGUCACCAUUACCCGUGGCCGUGCGAGCGGCAGGACAGCUGCGCGCCGCGGACUGCUUUUGCCGAUUGCGCGUCCCGGGAGUACUGUGGGCGCAAAGCCCUCGGCACGUUCGCUGUUUGCCGGUCAGUCUGCCGGUGGUUCCGCGGGGCUCAACAGCACGUCUAUUGUCAACACGCGGCUGAGCGAGAGCCUGGAACCCAUCAGCGAGACAUCCCUUCAGCGCUCCAGCAUGACAAUCGACACCAACGACGAGUGCAGCGAUGACGGCGGCAGCAACCGCAGCGUUUGUCUAUCUGGCAGUCUCAGCAGCGAUGUCGCCCACACGCCUACCACAGCGCCAGUGAAUGGAGGAGGCUGGGCCAAAUCGAAUAUUGAAAGCAAUUUCACGAAUUGCGAGAGCUUAUCAUCUAGCUUGCGUGGACCAAAGGGCAAGAAGUGUCUGCCGGAGAACAUGAGCGAGCUGCUGGACUCUAUGGAGCUCUUGCCCCGCGAUUGGCUGGCGUGGUGGCAGGCGCAGAGCGCUGGGCUUGUGCAGAGCUCAUCCUCUGGCGUUGACAGCAAGCAUAGCCGCGAGUGGAGCAACGAGACAUCAUUGCCACAGUCGCUGCAGCAGCAUAAUAUGACCGCUGCGAUGUCCUUGAAGUCAGUUGUUGGUGCUGGCGAGAAGUCGCGCUCGGAGCUGGCGCCUGUGGUUCCAUCAGAGUUCCUCAACAUUGUGUGAGUUUCAAGAUAGGAGCUUUAUUGUUUAUUUUUUAUUAAUAUUGUCACAACACUACAC